CACAUGCAACCACAUGCAGUAUGGGGAUUCCAACUAGUUGGAUAAGAUAUCCAACUUUCACGACUAUGGGGGCGAUUGCGGGAAGGGCGAUUGCGGUUUUCCUUUCGAGCUAUGCUUGCGGGACUGUUGUGGACCAUUACCAAAGACCUGACAUUGAAAAACAACAGCUGGAAAAAAAGAAUGCUUUGCAAACGUAUGAAUGUCGAACAAAGAUCAAACGAAGGACACAGGUGAUGAUGAAGGAUUUGGCUGAUGAAACAGUCUUAGAAAGUUGA